AACCUAAUGAGAGAGUGCACAAAAUGCAGCGUCAGCUGAGCAAUGUUAGUGUAGGAUCCUAUCAGGACUACCAACCUAGUAGACGAUACGGGCCGCAGUAUGAGCCGGGCGGCUACGCGACCGCAGUGCAGCAGCGUACCAACAUGACGCAGCGGGAGGACACCCUCAAGUUCGAGCAAGGUCGCAUCAAGGCGCUCCAGGAUGAGCGCAUGUACAUACAGAAGAAGACCUUCACGAAAUGGAUCAACUCGUUUCUGCAGAAGGCUCGUAUGGAGGUGGAGGACCUGUUCGUGGACCUCGCAGACGGCCGUCGGCUGCUCAAACUCCUCGAGAUCAUCAGCGGCGAGAGGCUCCCCAGGCCCAACACGGGCCGCAUGAGGGUCCACAAGAUUGAAAAUGUCAACAAGAGUCUGAGCUUUUUACAUACGAAGGUGCGCCUGGAGUCAAUCGGCGCUGAGGAUAUAGUGGACGGGAAUCCUCGCCUCAUCCUCGGCCUCAUCUGGACCAUCAUCCUGCGGUUCCAGAUCCAAGAAAUCGAGAUAGACGUUGAUGAAGAAAAUGAAUCAUCAGAAAAGAAGUCAGCCAAGGAUGCCCUGCUGCUGUGGUGUCAGCGGAAGACCAGCGGGUACCACGGCGUUAACAUCCACAACUUCACAGACUCCUGGAGAUCUGGUCUCGGGUUCAAUGCUCUUAUUCACGCUCAUAGACCAGACCUGUUCCGGUGGGCGGAAGUGCCUGCUGAGGAUCACGUGGAAACCCUGAACCAUGCUUUCGACGUGGCACACAAACAUUUGGGCAUCCCUAAACUCCUCGACGCUGAGGACGUGGACACGACUCGUCCGGACGAGAAGUCUGUAAUGACUUACGUAGCUAGCUACUACCACACGUUCGCAAGGAUGAAGAAUGAACAGAAGAGCGGCCGGAGAAUCGCCAACAUCAUCGGCCAGCUCAAGGACUGCGACGACCGUAAAACAGAGUACAGCAGGCUGGUAUCAGCCCUACUGGAAUGGAUCCGGCUCAAGAUACAGGAGCUGAACGGCAGAGAGCUGCCCAACUCGCUGGACGGCAUCCAGCGGUUGUUGCUGGCGUUCAAACAGUACAGGACGGUGGAGAAACCGCCCAAAUACAAGGAGCGUUCAGAGAUCGAAGCCCUAUACUUCCAUAUCAACACGAUGCAGAAGAGCCUCAUCGGGGAAGCGUGGGCGCCGCUCGAGGGACAGCUGCCCCAGGACCUAGAGAGGGCCUGGCAGCAGCUGGAACAGGCGGAGCACGCGCGUGAGCUGGCGCUACGUACGGAACUGCUGCGGCAACAAAGGCUUGAACAACUCAACUACAAAUUUAAUACCAAGUCGGUGCUGAGGAAAGGUUACCUGAAGGAGAUGGUGCUGGUGCUGUCAGACCCUCGUUACGGGUCCAACCUGGCGCAGGUGGACGCCACAGUAAAGAAGCACGAGGCUAUAUCUGCAGACAUCCUCGCCAGGACGGAGCGCUUCGACGACCUGUCAGCGAUGGCAGCGGAACUGGUCCGCGAGAACUACCACGGCGCUGAGGCUGUCUCCCGCACGGAGCAGGCGGUGCUGCAGCGCUGGCGCGAGCUGCUGGAACUGCUGGAGAGGCACCGGACCUCGCUGGCGAGGCUGGCGCAUUUGAUGGCGUUGUUACGAGAAGCUGAUACAGUAGGGCAGACGCUUAUGGAAAUGAAGGCGCAGUUCCAAUCGGAGGAAGUGGGUCGUCACCUAGUAGACGUGGAGCGGCUGCUGCAAGCUCACGCGCUCCAGGAGCUGCAGCUCGGAGCCCUGGACGAGAGCAUCCGCAGACUUGUCCGGCAGGGGGCCGCCGCCGAAGGUCCCCCUCAACCCAAGCAGCAGCUCACACAGCAACUGUCGCAACUCGAAGAUGCUUACGACAGUCUUCUGGCCGCUGCCAAGGAUCGCAAAGCAAGACUAGAAGAUGCUAGGAACCUCUAUCAGUUCCUAGAGGAUCAUGACGAGGAAGAAGGUUGGGUGACGGAGAAGCAGCGUAUAUGCCGCGCAGACGUGGCGGCCAAGGAUCUGCGCGGAGUGAUGGCUCUGCGUCAGAAGCAUACAGCGCUGCUGCACGAGCUGAAGGCCCGCGACCACGUCUCGCAGCGGCACAGGGCCAAGGGACACAGCUUGAUAGACGCAAAGCAUCCGAAGAGUGCAGAGAUAGAGCGCCGGCUCUCGUCCCUGAACCAGCAGUGGGAGGCUCUGAGGGAGCUAGCAGCCGCCAGGGAGAAGCAGCUGGCAGACGCUGCCGAAGCUCACCAGUUCUACGGCGACGCCAACGAAGCGGAGUCGUGGAUGAAGGAGAAGCGACCCCUGGUGGCCACCGACGACGUCGGCCGGGACGCCCCCGCCGCCGCCGCGCUGCUGGCCCGGCAGCGAGCCCUGCACGACGACAUCCGCGCCUACAGCGGCGAGCUGCGGGCGCUGUCCACGCAUGCGGCCCGCCUGCUGGCCGCCGGCAUCCACCAGCUGCAGCUACCAACGGAGGUGGAUGCGACCUCGAACCUGGAAGAAGAGGAAUGGGUGAACGAGUCUCGGCUGGUGCCCACCGACGUGUGGGAAGAGGAGCCGGUCGAGAGACUGGAGCACAGGACUGUCACAGAGGAGAGGAGUGUACCACAGGUCAAAGCUCUCUACGCGUUUACGGGGCAAGGCAUAUCGAUACAGAAAGGAGAGGUGAUGUUCCUCAUAAACAAAACCAACCCGGACUGGUGGUCAGUGAGGAAGGCAGACCGCACCGACGGGUUCGUGCCCGCAAACUACGUGCGCGAGAUCGAACCCAGACUAGUGCCGGUGCAAGUGCGGCGUCCAGAGAAGGUCAAGACCAUUCAGAGGGUGAAGAAGACAGUGCUGGUGAAGCAGGUGGUACCCGUCAAGCGGACCAAACCGACGGCGAGGCGAGCCUCCAAGGCUACCAUCGCUCCACAACGCGCCGCCAGCGUCGACACCAGAAUGGCUGAUAUACAGAAGGAUUAUGAUGAACUGCUCUCCCUGUCUGCCAACCGGCGCGCUCAGCUCGAAGACGCCAUCAAGCUGUACAGCUUCUUUGCGGAGUGCGAUGACUUCGACAAGUGGGUGCGAGAUAAGGAGAAGAUGCUGCGAGCUGAUGAUGCGGAGGAUAGCGUCGAUACCGCUAAGAGGAAGUAUGAGAAAUUCGUGACGGAUCUAUCUGCGGCCUCCAAACGUCUGGAACACAUUGAUGCUGCAGCCGAAGAGCUGGUGGCGGCUAAACAUGGCCAAGCGGCCAAAGCUACCGCCAGGAGGCAGCAGUUACGCCAACAGUGGGACCGCCUCCUGCGGCUCAAAGAACAGAAGGAAAAGAACCUGGAAGGCGCCUCAAGCGUGGAACUCUUCAGUCGUACUUGCGACGAGGCCCUCGACUGGAUGGCAGAGAAGGAACAGCAGCUCGCAGCCAGUACAGACCCAGCUGCAGACCUUCGGACGGUGAGGGCGCUGCAGCGGCGGCACGCGCAGCUGGAAAGAGAACUGGAGCCGCUGAAGGAGAAGGUCAACACGGUGAACCUGCUAGCCGAUUCCGUCAAGUCGCAGUACCCUAACGAGAGAAGCAACGUGGAAGGUCGCCAGCGGGAGAUACAGCAGAUGUGGGACAGGUGUCAGGCACAAGCCGCCGAGAGAAGGAACCGGCUGGAGAGCGCCGUCGGACACCAGAUCUUCGGGAACAGCGCCACGCAGCUGCAGGAUUGGCUCCAGACUGCCAACGCUCAGCUGGCGCAGGAGGCAACCGCCAAGGACGUGGCCACUGCGGAGGCUCUCCACAAACAGCACCAGGAGUUGCUGGACGACAUCAAAACGCACAACGACGAGUUUAAAGAGGUGAUUGCUCUCGGUCAGCAACUUCUCGCCAACAAUCCCGCACUGACAGAUGUUGCGGAGAAGAUCAAGCUGCUGCAAGAUGAGCAGAAGGCACUCGACAAAGCCUGGGAGGAGAAAGAGGCGUACUUGAAGCAGCUGGUACAACUGCAAUGUUUCAAUAGAGAGGCCGACCAAAUAGAUGCCACCAGCGGCGCCCACGAAGCUUACUUGGAGUACAAGGAGUGUGGGUCGUCGGUGGACGAGGCGGAGGCGCUGCUGAAGCGUCACGAGGAGCUGGAGGCGCGGCUGGCCGCGCAGGAUGAACGACUCGCUGCUUUCCAGACGCGCGCACAGGACCUCGAGCGGAUCCCGCACUACGCCAACCAACAUAUCGCAUCUCGCCGCGCAGCAGCUGCAACUCGUCGGGAUGACGUGCGAUCUGCCGCUGCAGCUCGCCGUAGACACCUGCAGGCUGGACUUGCUCAUCAUCAGUUCGUAGCGGCCGCAGAGGAGCUGCAGGGCUGGAUCGACGACAAAACCAGAACAGCUAAAGACCAGAGUUACAGGGAUCUUGCCAAUUUGGAACGCAAGCUGCAGAAGCACGAGGCCUUCGAGAGGGAGCUUCAAGCCAACGAGAAGCAGCUCAGGAAUGUGGAGAGUAUCGGACAGUCGCUGCAGCAGGCGGACCCCUCGCGUGCUGAGGAGGUGGCGGCGCGGCUGCGGGCGCUGCGGGACGCCUGGGAGCGGCUGGUGGCAGCCUCCCGCGACAAGGGCAGCAAGCUGCGACAGGCCGCGCUGCAGCGAGUGCACCGCAGAUCUGUGGAGGACGCGAAGGCCCGCCUGGUGGAGCUGGAGCGCGACCUUCGCAGCGAGGAGGUCGGUACCGACCUCAGGAGCUGCCGGCGACUCCUCAACCAACAUCAGCUGUUAGAACAAGAGCUGGCGUCCUGGGACCAGAAGGGGCACAGCCUGGCGGCGCAGGGCGCUGACCUGGUCUCCGAUGGCCACUUCGACGCUCCAGCCAUUGAGAAGGAGUCCACGGUGCUGCUUCAAGCUGUUCAAGCGAUGCAGCCGAGAAUAGACAAGCGGAGACAGGCUCUCGAGAGUAGUCUACAACUACACAAAUUCGCGGCCGAGGUGGCCGGUGAACUGGACUGGCUAUCGGAACGUAAGGCGGCCGCCUCCUCGGAGGCCAUGCCGGGCGACCUCCACGCGGCGCAGUCAGCGCAGAAGAAGCACAGCAAGCUGCGCAACGAGCUGCUCGGACGGAGACCGCUCAUAGAACGAGUCAUCGCACAGGGCAGGGCCUUAAUUGAGGAGAAGCAUCCUCAGGCUCAGAAGAUCGAAAGUCAUUGCAAGGAGUUGGAACAAGCGUACUCCGAAGUAUCGGAUGCAGCUGAAGCCCGCGCGCAACGCCUGGAGGCGGCGCUGAAAGCGCAGCAGUUCCUCCACGAGGCGCUGGAGGUAGACUCCUGGCUCGCAGACAAGGCUGCGGCCCUGAAUUCGGCUGAUGUGGGCCACGACAGGCACAGAGCUACACAGCUACUUACCAGACAUAAGGCGGUGGAGUUGGAACUGGACACGUACGCGGCUAUAAUAUCUGAGAUGGGCCACGUGGCGAGCUCGAUGGCCAACAGCGGACACCCCGAGGGCCCGGCGCUGCUGCAGCGCCACGAGCUGCUCGCCGGCAGCCUCGCGCGCCUGCAGAGACUCGCCGCGCUCCGGCAGAGGGCGCUCGUAGAGAGCGUCUGCAGACAUGAAUAUAUAGCGGAGAGCGCUGAGCUGGAAACCUGGAUUCAGGAGCAGUACGCGGCAGCCUCCAGCGAGGACUUCGGCCAGGACUACGAACACCUUCUGAUCCUCACAUCAAAGUUCGAGGAGCUCCGCCACCGUGUGGAGAGCGGCGCUGAACGAUUCAACCAGUGCGAGGAGCUCGCCAAGAAGCUGCUCGCCUCCGAGAGCCCCUACAUCGAGGACAUUGAGAAGCAGCAGGAGGCACUCGGGUCGCACUGGCAGCGGCUGGUGGAGCAGCUGGCCGCGCGCGGAGCCCGACUGGCUGCUGCAGGCGAGAUCCACAGGUUCCACCGCGACGCGGGUGAGCUGCGGGCACGUGCUGCAGCCAAGCGCGCGCAGCUUGCACGUGCAGCUCGCCCGAGGGAUCUGCCGCAUGCGACCGCACUGCUGCGUGACCACGGCAAAGCUGAGGCCGAGCUGUUAGCCGUUGAUGCUCAGCUGCAGGUGCUACAAGAAGAAGGGACACGACUCCAGAAACUGUACCCUGGUGGGAACGUACAGCAGAUCACGCUGCAGCAGGAGGCGUUGGCGGAGGCCUGGACGUCGCUCCGAGCCGCUGCCGACGAGAGGAAGCACGAGCUGCAACAGCAUUUGGAGCUGCAUCAGUUCCUUACACAAGUGCGCGACCUGAGCACGUGGGCGGCGGGCAUGCGCGCGCAGGCGGCGGGCGGGGCGCGCGUGGCGGCCGCGCACGCGCACGCCGCGCGCGCCGACCACGACGCCGCGCGCGCCGAGCUCGACGCGCGCGAGGACUCCUUCAGGGACGCGCUGCACCACGGCCACCAGCUCGUGCGGGCCGGACAUCCCGCCGCGCAGGAGAUUCAGGAGAAGUGCGAGGCGCUGUUGGAGGAGCGUGGGAAGCUGCAGGCGGCGUGGGCGUCGCGUCUGGUGUCUCUGGACCAGCUCAUAGACCUGCACUGCUUCCUGCGGGACGCCAACCAGCUCCACGACCUGUGCGCCACCCAGGAGGCCACCCUCAGCACAGAAAUAUCACCACAGAGCAGUGUAGAGGAAGUGGACAACCAUCUGAAGAAGCACGAGGCAUUCGAGAAGCUUCUCGCCACGCAGGAUGAGAAGCUGGUAACGCUGAACACCCACGGCGCGAAACUACUGGAACAGAACCACGUGGAGAGUCAGCAUAUUGCUGAUGAGCUCCAGAAGAUCAAUGAAAGAAGGAAGAAGGUGCACUCGCUGUCGUCCCGGCGCCGCUCGCAGCUGGUGCGUCUGUCUGCGCGCGCGCAGUUCGCGCGGGACGCGGCCGAGGCCCGGGGAUGGGUGGCCGACAAGCUGGCCAAGCUCAACGCGGACCAGCACCUCGGUGAAGUAACGAACUUGGACGAUAAAAUCAAGAAACUACAGAAACACCAAGCUUUCACCGCCGAGCUGGCGGCCAACAGAGCAAGACUCGACGAGAUCAAAGCGCUGGCUGACCAGCUCAAGCCUGACGAAGAGGUGGAACAGCAACUCGCUGCACUGCAGAGUGACUGGAGGCUACUGGAGCAGGCGACCGAACAAAGAGGUCGCGGUUUGGAAGAAGCUCAAGACAUCCUGGAGUUCAACCAACAGCUGGAUAAGAUAGAGGCCUGGAUAAGAGACAAGGAGAUGAUGGUGCAAGCGCACGAGUUGGGCCGUGACUACGAGCACUGCAGCGCGCUUCUGCGCAAGCUGGACGACCUGGACAGCGACAUGAAGGUGGACGACAAACACGUUAAGAUCAUAUGCGCCCUCGCUGACAAGCUGCUUGACCAGGGUCCGACACAGCAGGCUGAUGCGGUAUCAGACCGCCGAGCAGCCUUCUUACAGAAGUGGAGGGCCCUCAGCGGAGCCCUACAGCAGUACAGAGACAAUCUUUCAGCGGCUCUAGAAAUACACUCAUUCAACAGAGACGUGGAGGACACGGAGGAGCGUAUCGCGAAGAAGGCGGCGCUGUUCAGCAGCUCGGAGCGCGGCCGCGAGCUGAGUGCGGCGCACGAGCUGCAGCGGCGGCACGAGGCGCGCGUCGCCGAGGCGCAGGCCGUGCGCGACAAGAUCCGCGCGCUCCACGCCGAGGGGCAGGCCCUAGCGCGCAGCCACCCGGAGCAUGCGGAACAUAUCGACAAGUCUCUGAAAGGCUUGCAAGACGGCUGGGACAAGCUGCAACAGCUGGCGGCGCAGCGGACUGCACUGCUUGAUGAAGCCAUUGCGGAACACAAGUUCGAUGACAGCCUCAAGGAGCUGGAGGUGUGGGUGUCGGAGACUGUGAAGCGGAUGGACGAGAGCGAGCCGCCCGAGAGCGUCGCCGACGCGGAGGCGCUGCUGGAGACGCACCACGAGCGAAAGGCGGAGAUAGACGGGCGUCAAAAGGCGAUAGCAUCUCUCCAGAAGGAAGCACCAAUAGCACAAGCCCCGGAGAAGUUGAAGCGAGUGGAGAACCUCUCCGCCACAUUGGACAAAGCCUGGCUGCAGAGGAAGCAGUACCUCACACAGGCUCACCAACUGCAGCUGCUGAAGGACCAGGCAAGGCAGACGGAGGACUGGCUCGCAGCCAAGGAAGCCUUCCUCAACAACGACGACCUUGGAGAGGACCUGGACGCCGUGGAGACGCUGAUCCGUAAGCACGUGGAGUUCGCCAAGUUGCUGGACAGCCAGCUGGGUCGAGUGGACGAGCUGGAGAAGUUCGCAGUCGGGAUGCUGCAGGACGGGCACUACGACAGACCCUACAUCCAGCGCAGAGUCGCAGACAUCCUCGCCAGGAGAGACAAACUCAAGGAGUCGUGUACGCAUCGCGGCGAGAUGCUGGAGCAGUCUCGACAGCUGCACCAGUUCCUGCGCAACCUGAACCAUGAGAGAGAGUGGAUAGCACUGAAAAUGCAAAUGGCGAAUGAUCAGAACUACAGAGAAUUAUCGAACCUACAAAGUAAAAUCCAGAAGCAUGCGGCUUUUGAGGCUGAGCUGGCGGCCAGCGAGGGACGCAUCAAUGACGUCACCAACAACGGCGAAGACCUUUGCACCAAAGGACAUUAUGCAGGGGAAGAAUUGUUGCGCCACGUCGACGACUUGGAGAAACUGUGGCGAGAACUACUAGUAGCAUCAAAACUCAAGAAUGAACGACUCCAAGAGGCGUACCAGGCGCGCGUGUACUUACGUGGCUUGGAUGACUUCACCACGUGGCUGGACGAUGUCGAAUCACAACUCCUCAGUGAAGAUCACGGCAAAGACCUAGCGUCGGUGACGGCGCUGCUGAAGAGACACAGCAGACUGGAGCAGCAGGUGUCCAGCAAGAGCGACGUCGCCACGCAGCUGGCUGACAACGCGCGCCAGCUCGCAGACAGCAAGCACUUCAUGGCCGACGAGAUACUGGAGAAGGCAGACGACGCUGUCAAACGGUACCGUCAACUGCAAGAACCGAUGCAGAACAGAAGAGACAACCUCGAGGAUGCCGCUCUCCUGCACCGCUGGGAGAGAGACGCGGACGAGGAGAUGACAUGGUUACGCGAGCGUGCAGCUGCUGCUGGGUCCUCAGAACUUGGCGCCACCCUGGCCGAUGCUCAGGGUCUGCUGAAGAAGCACCUAGCACUCGAAGCGGAGAUUAUUGCCAGGGAACCAACAAUCAGCGGAUUGAUCGGACGAGCCAACCAGCUGUCUCGGCGCGGUCACUUCGCUGCUGCAGAGCUGGACGGCCGCGCUCGAGAGCUGGCUGCAGCGCUGCGCUCGCUGGUGGACGCGGCCGCCGUCAGGACCACCAGGCUGCGCGAGCGCUGCGACCUGCUGCAGCUGACGGGCGAGAUGUCGGAGGCGGAGGCGUGGCUGGUGGAGCGGCGGCCGGCGCUGGUGUCUGCGGAGGUGGGCCGCGACGAGGACUCGGUGGCGUCGCUGUGGCGGCGGCUGGCCGCGCUGCAGCGGGAGCUCGCCGGGUUCGACGCCGUCUACGGCCGCCUGGACAAGGCCGCCACCGCGCUGCUGGAGCGGAACACACCAGAUAAAGAGGUGAUCAGCGAGCGUCUGGCCGAGCUGAAGAACAGGUACGAGGAGAUGAAGCUCCUCUCAGCCAAGCGUCAGCAGCGACUGCAGCAGAGCCUCAAGUACUUCAAGUUCGUGCAGGAGUGCGAGGAGGUGCACGAGUGGAUCGGCGAGCAGAUGGCGGUGGCUGCCAGCGAGGACUACGGCCUCGACGUGGAGCACGUGGAGACACUGCAGCAGGCCUUUGACAACUUCUACGCGCAGCUACAAGCGAGCGAGGGCCGCAUCGAGGCGGUGUGCGAGGGGGGCGCGGCGCUGCUGGAGGAGAACGCCCCCGAGGGGGACCGCGUGCGGCAGCGGGUCGACGACCUCCGCGGACUCUGGGACGACCUCCGGGAACUCGCGCUCGCCCGCCAGGAGGCGCUGGCGGGCGCACGCAGCGUACACAAGUUCGACCGCGCGGCGGAGGAGACGGCGGCGUGGGUCGCGGACAAGGAGGCGGCGUGGCGCGCCGACGGGCCCGCGCCGCUGCUGGCGCCGCGCGCGCUGCACGCGCACACGCGCCGCCUGCACGCGCUGCGGGCCGACCUCACCGCCAUCGGCCGCGCGCACCAACACCUGCACCAGGAGGCCGCCAGAUUGGGCGAGGCAUACCCUGACGCUAAAGAGCAUGUGACAGCAAAACUAGAGGAUGUAACUGAAGCUAUAGAGGCGCUGACACAGCGCGCAGACCAGGCCGGCCAGCAGCUGGAGCUGGCGGAACAGCUGCAGGCGUACUUCGGGACUUACCAGGAGUUGCUCGCGUGGACCAACGAGAUGCUGGCUCGCGUGACUGCGGGCGAGCUUGCUCGGGACGUCGCGGGCGGAGAACGGCUCCUAGCACGACACAACGACCUCCAUGUAGAGAUCCUCGCCAAGGACGACGCCUUCCGGACGCUGUACGCGGACGGUGAGAAGCUGGUCCGCGAAGGUCACUUCAUGUCAGCGGAGAUCGAAGAACGCAUGUCAGUUCUCCGAUCACGACGGCAGGCGCUCGACUCGGCCUGGUCUGCUCGGGCCACCAUCUACGAACAGCACCUGGACGCGCUCGUCUUCAAGAGGGACGCUGACGCACUUGACGCCUGGAUCACCAACAGGGUGCCAUUGGUCCGCGACGGCAAGUUCGGAGACAGCGUCUCCCAGGUGGAGGAACUCAUUAACAAGCACCGCGACCUCGAAGAGACCAUAGAAUCACAAAAGGACAAGUUCAACGCACUCAAACGGAUCACACUGGUGGAGAAAGCGUUCCAAGCACAGAAGGACGAGGAGGCUGAGGCCCGCAGGAGGUCGGCCGAGCGGCAGGAGGCCGAGCGCCUGGAGCUGGUGCGGCGACGAGAGGUGCAGCGCCUCGCGGACCAGCGCCGCAGGGAGGCGCCCGGACAGCCGCGGGAGGCGGAGACCCCGCAGCCCGCAGCGCAGUCCCCGGCGGCGGCGCAGCCCGAGCGCGCGGCUCGGCAUGACGUCAAACGCGCAGAGAGCAUGAGCGUGAUGAAGACACCGAAACGGACGCCGUCGUUCACAACGCGCCGCCGCACGCAGAGCUUCCGGCGGCAUCGCGCCGACGUCGACAAACUCCCACCCGUGGAGAUCGAAGGGUACUUGGAACGCAAGCAGGAGGCAGGCUGCGGCGGCAAGCGGGCGACCGUGAGGUCGUGGCGCGGGUACUACUCCGUGCUGUGCGGGCAGCUGCUCUGCUUCUUCAAGGAUGAAACAGACUUCGCCAACGCCAAGGCGGCAGCACCGCCUGUGGCUAUGCUCAACGCUCGCUGCGAGAAAGCCAGUGAUUACACAAAACGCGCCAACGUCUUCCGACUGGUGUGUGCUGACGGUGCUGAGUACCUCUUCGCCUGCAGCUCCAAGCAACUGAUGGAGGAGUGGGUGGCCAAGCUGGCCUUCCACGCGCAACUGCCUCCGGAGUUGCAGCUGACGCCGUACACACCAGCUUCCGAGUCUCCAACUGCUGAAUUGAAGAGGCGACUCCAUGAAAAUGCCUCAUCAUCAUCGUCAGCAGCGUCAUCACCGGAGCCUCGUCACAAGCCACGGACACAAGCAGAAAUCUUACAAGAACAUAGAAAUAGUCAGAAGAGAGCGAGUGUCACCCCCGAAAAGAACGAAAGGAAUAUCGAGUCGACGGUGCUUCCAUCAUUGCCGCCCAGAGAGUCGUGGCAUGAAGAAACGACUGAUGUCCUACUCAGGAAUUCAGAACCGGCCGGCGGCUGGGGUCGCUCCCGGUUCUCCAAUGGACGUGAUCUUAGUAUAGAGUUCAUUCGGUCACAGCGAGACGCCGACAGCGGAGCCCCACCGUUACCUCUAUCGGGGCCUCCGGACCGACCCCCAGUUGUGCCAGACCGACCACCGACAUCAGAUCGCGCGCCAGCUCUCCCCGAAAGAGCACCAAUUAAUGAAAGAGGCCACUCCGUCCCCGAAAGAGGGCCAUCCAUCCCUGAAAGGGGCCAGUCAAUCCCCGAAAGGGGCCAGUCAAUCCCCGAAAGAGGGCCAUCCGUCCCCGAAAGGGGCCAGUCUAUCCCCGAACGCUACGACCGUGCCCAACCUGAGAAGCAAUCAGUCACGGCUCUGGUAAACAGCUACCAGCAGAGGAUGACCACCAGUUACCAGGGGAGGGAUGGCAACAGGAACAUACAGUACGAAAGACCCAAUAACAACUGGCAGAAUGUGGAAACGACAUCGCAUUUUUACUCAGCAAGCGAGCUCGCGUACGCCAACAACAGUGGUACGAGGCCCGCCUCCGUUGCAGGUAGCGGGGGAUCUCCGGCGCUGGACCAGAGACCAGCAUCCAGAUCCUCUGGCGAAUCGGAACUGUCCGUGAGCGGAGUUACGAAGGAGAAGAAAGACAAAAAAGGUGUAUUCGGCGGGCUGUUCAGUCGCAAGAAACGGCCACAGAGUCAUAUGUAGAGUCAUAAAGUAUCA